GCAACCAGUUCAGUAACCGCGACUGCGUUCGAAUGAAAACGUGGGAAUACAGGCGGGAAACGAAAUCCAUGGUCGAUUCUUAGCUUUUGCAGCUACAACUCGUGAAAGCGAAUACUGUUUUGUGUAUACGAAGUGCGUGAUUCAUCAGAAAAUGGAAGAAACCGGCAGCGCCGCCAACAGAAUUAGCGGAAAUGGCGUGGUGAAGAAGAAUCAAGGGUUAGGGUUUUCUUCUGGAGGAACGAAAAUCGAGAACCCAUUUGCUUUCAAAGCCCUGCAAGUCUUUACGGGGUUUGGCGUAGGAUGCGGUAUUGGUAUUGGCAGUGGUGCUCCUCUAAAUCUUGGUACACUGCCGAUGGUAGGGGAAGUAAUGAGUGCUGCCAGAGGAGCAACCAAUGCAUUUUCAGGCCUCACUCGGCAAUUGAACGACGUUCUGUGGAAACUGGGAGCUCGGAACAUUAGGGCUGGCGUUGGUUGUGGGGUCGGCUUCGGUCAUGGUUUUGGAGUUGGGGUCGCCGUGAAACCCAGUGCCAUGCACAAACUUCAAGCUUCCCUUCUGGAUGCCGCAUCAAGCUUGACAACAAAACUCGGAUUAAAGAAUCAAACUACAAAAGGAAACCAAAUAGCGGAGGGCCAGGCUUCUGGAGUUCCGUCUGGUCAGAACAAAUACUUCAACACAAACCCACCCGAUAGUUCCGCCAGCGAGCCGCCGGCACUCGGUACCAGAACUGAGAAAGUGAUCAAUAGUUUUCUCGAGAAUCCGAUUCUAAAGCAGCAGGAAACGCCCACAGACGAAAGACUGACCAGGCAAUUGAAAUCAGAGAAGUUGGUGCUUGAGAUGGUUCUGAGACAUCAGAAGCUCAUUGAAGAACUAAUGGAGGAGAACGAGAGGCUAAGAAGGAUAGUGGUAGAAGAUCUCAAAGUGCCUCCCGACAACAAGCACACAUCCCCAUGCAGCGAUUGCUUCGAGUGCCUCAGAAAACAGAGGAGAAAGAGAUAAGAAAGCUCAAAAUAUAAAACUUUCUCCCGAUGGGAAACAUUUGUUCCUUUCACAAGGUGACUUUGGACUCACAACGAUACUUUGGGACUGUUAAGUUCCUCUCUACA